AUGGGAUCGAAAAGGAUCACGCCGAGUAUAUCCGACCCAAGCAUUGAUUCUGAUGAUGCGGACGAAGAUUUAGCUCGAGAGCGUGCUCGCCUAAGCCCCAGCCCAGAAGUUGAUUUAUCAGCUCCAGAGUUUGGCGACGAUGAAAAUGUUGAUCUGGAUGACCACGCAGCCCCUGGCGGACCACACACCUCAACCGCAAACUACGGUGUAAGGAGCAGUCUGCCAAACCUCCACAAUCAGCGUGUAUCGUAUAAUAGCCGAUCGAUAUCUCCACCUCUUGAGGGGGACGAGAAGGAAUUUACCCAGACAGCAAGCUCUGUUCGCGAGCGAACAUCCUCAGAAGAAGAGGCGGCGAAACGACGACUGGAUCUCGAGAAGGAUGAAAAACCUCAGGAUAAUCCGGUGAAGGGAAAUGAAUCAUCUGUGGGUAGCAGUGACGUGGAAAUGGAUGAGUCUACCUCGUCGCAUGGCGAAUCUAAUCGUCAAGACAGUGAUUAUGUUGAUUACUUUGCUUCUCACAUACUUCAGAAUCCCGGUCAUGACCAAGACUUGGAUAACGCCACCGCUACUGCGCUCUUUGGCGCAUCUCCGUCACCUUCCAUUUCUUCUGAAAUGUCCACAUUAACUUCAACUACCAAUGCCACAUCACAUGCUGAGGCUGAGGCGGACCUCAAUAUGGACACCAAACGCGUCGUGAAUGACAUUUCUGUUGGUCUGCAUAAAGGAGAAAACGACGUCACCGCAACUAUUGGUCGUGGAAUUUCUGCCACUAGAAUCGCCGUGAAUAGUGCUGGAUUUGCCGUUGGUUCCAAAAGAUCUAUCACCAUUCUUGAAGCUGACGAGGUGAAUGCUGCCCUGGUGGCAUACGCGAAUGGAAUGGACGGAGACAUAAAAACAUCAUUCGAUAUGGCUGAUGGUUCUACCGACGAAACUGCCAAUGACAAAUCGGGUUUGUCAAUAGGCGAUCCUUUCACCGGGUGUAAGUCAGUCAUGGAUCUGGAUAUCGAAAUGGGAUCGGGACUCGGACUAGAGUCGUGGACCGACCUGCAAAGCCCCGAAACCGUGGAUGUUGACGAACUCGAUGAGAUAUUCGCGAACGUCUAA